CAAUCAAAAACUUCGCAAUUCCAUCCCUCCUCCCCUCUCUCUCUCUAAAAACACACACACACUCUCUCUCUCUCUAAACAAAUUCCCAUUUAUUCUAAUAUAACACUCACCCCCGCAGCACCAACGUAGCUUACUCUUCACUUCAAAUAGCCACAAAUCCUCUGCAUACUCCGAAGGCAAACACGCCACAACAGAUAACAGAAAAUCAAACACUCCUUCAUUUGAUCCUCUGUCUCUCUAUAAACUGACUUCUUAAAUUAAAUUAAGGUUCCUUUUUAUUAUUAUUAAAUGGAUCUGCUAAUGGAACCCGUGGCUAGAUCCGGACCCGAACUUGACGAAACCGGACUGGAUUCCCUCCAAUUCGGUGAAGAUAUCCGUCACUUAAUCACUGCACCAUCAGAAAACGCCAGUUCUUUCACUGCUUUACUUGAAUUACCAGCUAACCAAGCCGUGGAGUUGCUUCAUUCGGAUUCGGGUCAAAAACAGUGCCCGAAUUUGACUUUUCCUUCUAACACUUCCCUCCUCGAACGAGCCGCCAGAUUCUCCGUUUUUAACGGCGGUAGUAAUUCGACGGACUCGAGCUCUGUUCCGUCCGAUUCUAGCUCGAAGAAUCUCGAGAAAGAAGCAGCCGUUAAGAGGGAGCCGUUAGAGACGGAGUCUUACCUCGACUCAUCUCAGCCGCUGGUUUCUGAUCCGAAGGUGGAUAAUUCGGCGCCAAAUGCAAGGGCGUGUUCGAAGAGAAAGGAACGAGAGAAGAAGGUUAAAGGAGCGUCAAAGAAGAGCAAAAAUGAGGGUUCUCAACAAGAAGAAGAGAAGCUGCCUUACGUUCAUGUUCGAGCUCGGCGGGGACAGGCAACAGAUAGCCAUAGCUUAGCAGAAAGAGCGAGGAGAGAGAAAAUUAAUCAAAGAAUGAAGUUAUUACAAGAACUGGUCCCAGGCUGCAAUAAGAUUUCUGGUACAGCAUUGGUUCUGGAUGAAAUUAUCAACCAUGUGCAGUUCCUGCAACGCCAAGUGGAGAUCUUAUCAAUGAGACUUGCAGCAGUUAACCCAAGAAUUGAUUUCAAUCUCGACAGCAUAUUUGCUACAGAAAGUGGAUCUCUAAUUGACAGUAACUUUCCCAGCAUGGUAAUGCCUCCGACGUGGCCAGAAGCCCAAGUCAAUAGAAACAGACAUCAGUUCCAACGGCAAUGGCAUUUUGAUGCGCCUCGCCAGCCAGUUUGGGGAAGAGAAGAAGACAGCCUUAACUUCAUUACUCCAGAGAACUCUCUUUUAAGUUACGACUCUUCAGCAAAUUCAGCAUCUCUGCACUCCAAUCAAAUGAAAAUGGAGUUAUGAAGGCUGAAUGAAGUUGUACCAGUAGCUAGUACUGUACAUAUCAAAUGUAAGCAAUUAGCAGGAAGUAGAGCGGAGGCAUCAAACAUUAAUCGGUUUUCCAUGCCUCCAGGUCCGUUGGAAAUGUCUCACUGAAGAAAUCCGAGCUUGCAAUUCUUAUAUAGUUCUAUAUAUAUGAUGUACUACAUACAUAUAUCUAUAUACUAACUCUUUUGAGAGUCGGUCAAUCUAAUACUUCAUCAUUUGUGAGAUGAUUGAUGAUUCAUAUUGUAGAUUCGAACAAUGAUCGAUCUCUUGACUAUUAUGAAAGCAGCCUUCAUUUUGUUUGA